AUUUGGCAGGCGUGGAAAUUUUAUAAUUUUUUUUUUUUUUCUUCUUUUCCUUGGACAAGCUCUCCAUUCGAACUUCUUUCCCUGUACAAAUGCCUUCACAUGUCACUUCGUCUGACUUGACUCCAAGUCAAACAGCUCUAUGUGGCAGCGUCGCUGGAAUGAUAGCAAGGUAAAUGUCCCAGCUCCAUUAGCCCUUCAGCUUCCUCCAGUACCUACAUUUAAUACGAAACCUUUUGGUAUCAGAUUCGCCAUCGCUCCCUUUGAUGUUGUCAAAAUUCGGUUACAGCUACAGUCUCAACGACAAUACCUCCCAUUUUCGCGGCAGUCAGUGCCAAAUUCUGUAAAAUAUACUGGCCUCGUGAAUGGUCUUAAGGUCAUUGCUCGUGAGGAAGGAAUCCGAGGGCUCUACAAGGGAAACCUCAGUGCUGAAUACUUGUAUAUUACGUAUGGAGCGACUCAAUUUUACGCCUAUCAUCAAAUGGAAAAUACAAUUACCGCUCUGGACACACAACAAGUCAUACCGAGUCCUGCAAAAGCGUUUUUAUGCGGAAUGGGGUCUGGCACCUUUGCAACGACUGCGACGUAUCCUUUCGAUCUCCUUCGAACCAGAUUUGCAAUGCAGGGUGAAGUAAAGGUGUACACAGGUGUCAUUCAGGCUAUCCGAGAGAUAACACAGACAGAAGGAGUCCGUGGACUGUACUGGGGACUGGGGCCAUCCAUUACACAAAUUAUGCCAUAUAUGGGGUUGGUGUUCAUGAGUUACGAAAUGCUGAGCUCAGCGUUCUCGUGGAUGAGGGUCAAUAAGAUGCUAUCGGAGGAGCAUAGGGUUUGGCAAGACGGUACAUGUGGUGCACUGGCUGGAUUGAUAUCCAAGUGUGGGGUGUUUCCUCUGGAUGUCGUACGCAGGCGGUUACAGGUGCAAGGGCGUCACCGCACAGACUAUGUCAUAGCGAGCAUACCGGAAUACUCUCGAAAAUCCGUUUUAGCCUGUAUGAAAGCGAUCGUUCAAAAGGAAGGCGCCCUUGCUCUUUACAAGGGCUUAGUCCCUGGUCUGGUCAAAGUGGGUCCUGCUAGUGCUAUCAACUUCUUGGUGUUCGAAAAGAGCAAACGCAUUCUAGUCUACUUCAAGCAUCGACACGACCAACCUCAGUCUAAUAGCACUUCUGCUUUCAUGGCCUUGUAAUAGACGAGGAUAUACCCCCCCUUACCUUUUGUCUCCACUAGUAAUAAUCAUUUUAAAAUACUAAUUGAAAAUUUGAAGCCUCUUGAAACCUGCAUUUUUCUUG